GAUAUCUUCGACGUCCCUCUAGGUCCCUACAGUGGUAGCGCCGUAGCGGUCGUCUAAUUUUAUGAGGCCAUUAAGCUCCAGCCACGGAGUAGUUUCAGCUUAAAUCAUUACAUUCGUAUACCAUUACGUGGGCAGUGAAAGAGGAGUUUGGUCCGAAAUUUCAUUUCGAAUUCAUCCAGUUACAGAAAUUGGUUUUUCACAGAUACAGCUUUUUCACCAAAUUUACUAACAGCGAAUCACUUGUUACUUCGAAGUUCGAGGAGAAGCUCUCUGGACAGAUUAAAGCAUUAAAAGGCAAUUUUGAGCAAGCAGGCAUGGGAGGCCAAUAAAACACUUUUGUGCACGUUACUGGUGGGAUAUGGGAUCCGCAAUUUAGGCGCUUAUGGAUGGAAUUGGUUUCAUCAGCAUCAGUAUACAGCUGAGUUACACAGGCAGAAUUGAUAAGAGGGGAAAACAAGAACCACUCGGUAGGAAAACACGCGUUAGUGUAUGGGAACCCAAAUUAGAUAUCUUGGCUCAAAAACCAUAUAACUUUGCUUAUUUUGGUUCACUUCCUCCCAACAAUCACAAUGGAAGUAGAAUAAAUGAGCAAAUUCUAAACGAUGACGUGGCAUGCGUGUUGCACAAUCAUCGUGGGAUCUUCGUCCAGCUGGAGGCAAUAGAGUGAGAUGCAUAUGUACAAACAAAUUACUAUAGAACAUCUUCAUUAAGCUGGAAAAGAGGUUACUAGACUUGCCAACUGACACCAAAAUGGCCUGUCAGCAUGACGCACAUUGAAGGUUUGUCUGUGUAUUCUUAACUGUAGAAGGCAAUAUGUAUGAUCAAUAUUUCUUCUUCCGUCCAGGUACACAAGUGGGAAACACCACGAAAAAUUUGACCCAUUAUUAUAAAACGUGAGACCAUCGAUCCAUGAUAUUUAUCUUAAAUCAAGCUGCAUUCUCAAAAAAUAUCCACCGCCAAGUAUUUCCUCAGUGGAUAUAUAUAGCACGACUCAGAAAAACGGAGGUCGGUGUAAGCUGAGUGUAAGAUGAUCGUCUCAGUCUCAACGCGAUCACAACAUCAGAAACUCUACCGGACAAAUUCCCGGCUUAAGAAGCUGAGGGUAGGAUUUAUAUUUUGUAAAGGAAACAUGAAAAACUGAGGUGGAAUGGCAAUUGACACUUAACUUUUGUGUGAGCUUUAAACCGCACCUUCAGCAAUCGCUAGAUUCGCUACCGCAAAUGGUUCAUUACUCGGUUAUUAUA